AUGGAUGAUGUAACCAUUGAAAAUAAUGAGAAACAAAGUAUUGCUACUAAUAUAAUAACUAAUAGCACGCAACCACUCUCCUUAGUGACAGAACUGAAACAUUCCAAUGUACUAAGAGAUAAUAAUGAUAUCACUAAUAAUGUAUCUAAUGCUAAUGAAUCUUUAGGCGCAAACCUAACACCCUUAUUAUCCCCUACGCUAAAUAUUAUCAAUCAAGACACUAAUGACAGGACUAAUACUUUUGUUAAUGAUACUACUACCACCACCACAGCAACGACUAAUACAACUAUUAAUAAUAAUAAUAAUAAUAAUAAUAAUAAUAAUAAUAAUAAUAAUAAUAAUGACCAUGGUAUCACUAAUGAUGCUCCAAAACAGAAAAAGACAAGUAAAUUCAUCUUAUCUAAAUUUACAUUGUACGAAACUAAGGAUAGAAUGUAUGUAGUUGGGUCAAAUAAAAGAGAAUCAAUGUUUAGAAUUCUUGAGAUCGAUUUGACCAUGGAUGAUUUAACCGUAUUGGAAGAUCCAAACGUAUUUUUCACUAGAAAUGAAAUUAUUGAUGUCUUAGCAGAAUUAGAAAAUUCUAGUGAAGGUGGAUUACAUAAAAAACUGACUGGAUAUGCCUUAUUAGGGUUUAUUAGAUUCACGUCAUGUUACUACCUUGUCAUUGUCACUAAGCUCAGACAGGUAGCUGUCAUCGGUGGACAUUCUAUAUUCCAUAUAGAUGGUACUGAGUUGAUUCCCAUUUCAAAUAACUAUAAAAAACCUGAUAAAUAUUCUAAUGAAUCUAAAUUGAUGAGUACUUUCCAAAAUUUGGAUCUCACUAAAACUUUCUAUUUCAGUUAUACCUACGAUAUUACCAAUACCUUACAGACUAAUCUUUUGAGAGAAAAAUUGAAAGCUGUUAACAGAUUAGACAUCUCUAUUCCUUCAGGGAUACCAAAUUAUAAUGAAAUGUUCAUGUGGAAUAAAUUUCUUUUGCUACCCCUCUUUAAUUGCAUAACGACUGUAUACGAUUGGUUUCAAUGUAUUAUCCAUGGAUUUAUUGAUCAAGUCAACGUUCCAACCUUGGGUAAAAACAUAUAUAUCACUUUGAUUGCAAGAAGAUCCCAUCAUUUUGCUGGUGCCAGAUUCUUGAAAAGGGGUGUUAACACGUAUGGAUAUGUUGCAAACGAAGUAGAGACCGAGCAAAUCGUCAUUGAUAUGUCACUGACUCCUUUUCAUCAAUCAGGUCAAGGUUAUUUUGAUAGUGAUCGGUACACUUCAUUUGUACAACAUAGAGGUUCAAUACCAUUAUACUGGAUUCAAGAAGCAUCUAACCUAACAGCUAAACCCCCAAUCAAAAUAAAUGUAGUUGAUCCAUUUUUUAGUCCCGCUGCAUUGCAUUUUGAUAGAUUGUUUCAAAGGUACGGUGGCGGGACUAUUCAAAUCCUAAAUUUAAUCAAAACAAAAGAAAAGACACCAAGGGAGACUAAAUUGUUGAAGGAAUUCGAGCAAUGUAUCACAUAUUUAAAUAAACAGUUACCUGAAACGAAAAAGAUUGAUUACAUUUCUUGGGAUAUGAGCAGAGCAUCAAAACAGAACGGCCAAAAGGUUAUUGAAUUUUUGGAAACAUAUGCUUUAAGAAGUGUUUCGGAAACUGGAAUAUUCCAUAAUUAUUCGACUUUUAGAGACACUAAAUUACAAGAAGGAAUAUGUAGAAGUAAUUGCAUUGAUUGUUUAGAUAGGACUAAUGCAGCACAAUUUGUCAUUGGAAAAAGAGCUCUUGGUGUUCAGUUACAAGCUUUAGGUAUAAUAGAUGAUAGUUAUCUGGAAUAUGAUUCUGAUAUAGUAAAUAUCCUAACUGAACUAUUUCAUGAUCUUGGUGAUACUAUUGCAUUGCAAUAUGGUGGAUCACAUUUAGUUAACACAAUGGAGACAUAUAGAAAGAUAAAUCAAUGGAGCUCACAUUCAAGAGACAUGGUUGAGAGCAUUAAAAGGUUUUAUAGUAAUUCAUUUAUGGACUCUCAAAGACAAGAUGCUAUAAAUUUGUUUCUAGGUAAUUAUAUUUGGAAAGAAAAUGAACCACCUAUUUGGGAAUUAAAUACAGAUUUUUAUCUUCAUAAUGAAUCUAAAUCCAUGGGACCUAAGAGAAGCUAUACGCAUUGGUGGAAUGAAUAUCAUAUAAAAAGUAUUAGAGAAUUAAUUAAAGAAGAAAUUAUUGAAAAAUAUAACGACAUUACAAUAGAGAAAAUUAGAGUCAAUAUACGUGGAUUUCCUGAUGCAUUUGAUAAUUAUUGGAAUGAAUAUUAUUUACCAAGAAGUUUAACCUGGAUUACAGAUUUGUUUACCUACAAUAUGAAUUCUACGAGAAGAUAUCAACAUUUAAUGAGUCUGGAUAAAAAUAAUAAUGAUACUAGUAAAUCUAACGUUGGUGAAAGUAACCAGAGGAGUAAAAUAUAUGAAGGUGGUAAUCAUAGUGACAGUCAUAAUCAAUAUAGUAAUAGUGAUAUGACCAUGAAUUCUCCAUUUGUUUCUAGAAAACAAAGUUGGAUUAAUAAAAGAUUAAGGACUCUACUAGUUGCAGAAGAAGAGAAGUGUAAAAGAAAAAUCAUUAUAACAGAACAACAGCCAAAGAAGGACGUAACUAGAAAUGAUGAAAUAGAAUUAUCGUUACAUUGCUUGAAUAAAUUGAUUGAUAAUGAACAACAAAUAAAAUCUAGCUUGUUUGAUUUAUCGCAUCGUGAAAUACCUAUUUUAUUAUCGUCUUUGACAUUAAAUGAUAAUUAUGAUGGAGUAUCGCAAAGAUCAUUAUCAUCAUUUUCUCCUACUAACUCAUUAGCAGACACCCCUCACAAAAUGAACAUUAAUGAUGUAUAUCCAUUUAAAUGUAUUUCUGCUGAUCCGCAAGGCUGUAGUUUUGAUUUAUCACAGAUGAAUUUGAAUGCCUUAAAACCUCUAGAAGAUUAUAAUCAGGUGAUACAUAGUAUUCUUAAGGCGACAGUUAAUGAGGCUGAUUUCCAACUGUACCAUAAUUCAAUUAAAAUGGCAAAUAAUGAUUUUAUUUUUGUUGGCUAG